AUGUGUCAAAAAGUUGUUUUUCUGCUGCUGCUGGGGUUGUGUUUAGCAGAACAACCAGGUGGGUCCGUUGGUACUCUUUUCAUCUCUCCCUUUAGGCCCCAAACUCAUCGACGAAACUACGCGAUGGAGCAAGUGUGCCAGUGUGAACCAGUCCUUGUACGACUUCAAUGUGGAAACUCUGCAAGGAGAAUUCACUGAUCUGUCGCAGUACAAAGGACAAGUACUGUUAGUAAUCAAUGUCGCCACUUUCUGUGGUAAGUAUUAUAGUUUUGCCUGCUUUUAGACUUUACAACAAUAUUUUGUCGAAGAAAUCUGUUACUAAUCAGUUGCUUUUGUUUUACUGAUGAGUUUAAUGUUUAUGAUUAAUAGUUGACAAUUGUCACUAAUUACUAAGUUUAAAGGACAAUAACCUUCGGAUUGAAUUCUUAUUAGGAUCUAUCCAAGAUUGCCAAAUAUAUUUAAAAACCUUUUAUGACACUAUUUUCAUAAAUUACGUUACUUUGUUCAACAUGAUUUGACCAAUAGUAAUGAUUUUCUAAAUUACAGCAUACACUCAACAAUACACUGACUUCAACCCCUUGAUCGAGAAGAACCGUGCCAAUGGCAACGACUUCACCAUCUUGGCUUUCCCAUGUAACCAAUUCUACCUCCAGGAGCCAGCUGAGAACCACGAGCUUAUGAAUGGUAGGCUUUCGGUCCUUUUUAUUACUUAUGAAUCAUCGCUUCUCUAACUGUAAUUUUAUUUUGAAAUGUUUAUGUUAUCAUAAAAUGGUAACGACAUUUUACUUUUUGAUAUUGUAGGAAUCAUUCAUGUCCGACCAGGAAACGGCUGGAAGCCACACAGAAACCUUCAUAUUUAUGGCAAAGUCGAGGUAAACGGAGCCAACCACCAUCCUCUGUACGAGUUCUUGAAAGAUACUUGUCCUCAAACCGUGGUGCAGAUCGGAAAGAGAGACGAACUCAUCUACAACCCCAUCAGAAUGAAUGACGUCACCUGGAACUUCGAGAAAUUCCUAAUCGACCGUCAGGGCCGUCCCCGCUACCGCUUCCAUCCCACCGCCUGGUCCCACGGUGAGGUGGUGCAGCCCUUCAUCGAGAAACUUCUGAAGGAGAAGGCCGAAUAA